GGUUACUUAUGGCAUAAAUGUGAAACUGUGGGGGGAGCGCAGCCAAAAAGUGCCAUGUCUUUAUUGUGUAAAUUAAUCCAUCGAAAUUUCUGCCCCUGACAAGUACUCUUUCUUGAUACCCCUAAGAAAAUAAAUUCAUAAAGUAUUCUGUCAUAUUCCGUGUUUCAGUGAAAAUGUCUUCUAACAGUUCGUGUGCUACGUCAGCCAGAAGCAAGAAAUUGAAGGUUGUAUCACUUAUCACACUAACACUCAUUAACACAACAUGGGCUCUUAGCAUGCGUUAUUCUAGAACGCGUAAAGAGGAUUUGUUUCUAGGAUCUACGGCGGUACUGAUGUCAGAAGCCUGCAAGCUCAUUCUAUCGGCAAAUUUGGUAGUGUUUACAGAGGGCUCCGUCACGCAAAGCUUGAAAUCAAUGUUUGAUUGUUUAUGGAAGAACAAGUGUGACACGCUAAAAGUUUCGGUGCCAGCUCUAGCGUACCUCGUCCAGAACAACCUCCUCUACGUUGCCGCUACCAACCUCGAUGCUGCGACUUACCAG